AUCGCCCCCGGCCGACGUCCUCUCGAUCGCCGCCAAGCUGCCACUGACCAUUGCAUACGUAUACACAUCCUGCCUGAUCCCAAGGAGAGUAGAUCGACGAUGGCCGGACGUGCGGUACUGGCGGCUGUCCUGCUGUGCGCGUUGGCCGCCAUGGCCGCGGCGCAGUCGGCGUCCAACGUGCGCGCCACCUACAACUUAUACAGCCCGCAGAAGAACAACUGGGACCUCAACACCGCCGGCGUCUACUGCGCCACAUGGGACGCCGGCAUGUCCUUGGCCUGGCGCUCCAAGUACGGCUGGACCGCCUUCUGCGGGCCCGCCGGGCCCAUCGGCCAGGCAUCUUGCGGCAAGUGCAUCCAGGUGACAAACACGGCGACGGGGGCACAGAUUACGGCGAGGAUCGUCGACAAGUGCAGCAACGGCGGUCUAGACCUGGACUUAGACACGGUGUUCAGCAAGAUCGACACCGACGGAGUGGGUAUGCAGCAGGGCCACCUCACUGUCAACUACCAGUUUGUCGACUGUGGCGACAACUAAGAAGAAAGAAUUGGUGCUCCAGCCCUAUGGAAAAUAAUAUAAAUUGGAGUACGAAUAAUGACACGCUUCCACGAAUUGUAAUCACAAUCCUUUUGUAUGGCUGGACUAGGAAACAAUUACAGACCAAUGAUAUAUAAAGAUGUCGUCUGUUGAAUGUGGGAUAUUAUGGACUUCUUCUUUUCUUGGUCAUAAUUAAGUUUUGCAUUUUUA